UCCUCCCAAUUUUCUUCACCCUUUCUCUCUCUAUCAGUAUUGCUUCCCGUUUGACCCCAACCACAACAGCAACAGCGACGUUCAUAACCCGUUUCGGUAUUUCCUGUUUAUUACCAGAUUCUUCAUCGUCUCUCUCUCUCACUCCCGAGAUCUCUCUCCUCGACCUGUGAUUGCCAGCUGCCGGCCGGUGAACUUCGAUUUCCAUUCGGACUGCGGGAGCUAGGAAUCAGCCUCCGCGGUGCCGGUGUGAAGGCGCCUCCCUCACUGCUGCUAGGGUUUCUGUGCUGCCGGAGAUGAAGUCCUCGUUGGGGAAGUUCCGGAGGUUCGCGGCACUCCACAGGAGUGAUACGAAGGAGAAAUUGGAAGUCUUCCCGUCGGCACAGCUCGAUGAGCUCGCCCUGGCCUCUAAGGACAUGCAGGCGAUGAAGAAUUGCUAUGACAGCUUACUUUCUGCAGCUGCAGCUACAGCAAACAGUGCAUACGAAUUUUCCGAGUCGCUGCAGGAAAUGGGUACUUGUCUGCUGGAGAAGACUGCACUCCAAGGUGAUGGAGAGAGUGGUAAUCUUCUGUCAAUGCUGGGCAAAGUACAGCUUGAACUUCAAAAACUUGUGGAUAGUUAUCGUUCUCAUAUAAUCUUGACAAUAACAAAUCCAUCAGAGUCCUUUCUCAAUGAACUCCGCAAUGUGGAGGAGAUGAAGAAACAAUGCGAUGAGAAAAGAGAUGCAUAUGAAUACAUGAUCACCCAACAGAGAGAAAAGGGAAAGUCAAAGAGUGGGAAAGGCGAAAGUUUUGUCGUGCAGCAACUGCAAAGUGCCCACGAAGAAUAUGAAGAGGAGGCAAAUCUCUGCGUCUUUCGAUUAAAAUCUUUGAAGCAAGGGCAAUCACGAAGUCUACUAACUCAGGCUGCUCGACACCAUAUGGCUCAGUUAAAUUUCUUCCGCAAAGGAUUAAGAUCACUUGAGGCAGUUGAUUCUCAUGUGAAAAGGGUUGCAGAACUGCAGCAUAUUGAUUACCAUGUCAAUGUACUUGAGGAUGAGGUGGAAGAUGGUGAGGAUGGUUACAAUGAUAAAGAAGAUGGAGAAUUAAGUUUUGACUACAGAAGAAGUACAUUAGGGAUGGAUGUUUCGACAUCUGGGAAUUCCAUGGAGGUGGAUGAUGUCUCCUGGUCACAUCCUGCUCAGAAUAGUGAGGUGAAUUUAGAGAGAAACCAAGGAGAUUUCCAUGUCCCAAAUAGAGAACACCAUCGGAUGAACAGUUACUCAGCUCCAAUCUUUGUAGAGAAGAAGUUUGAUCCAGCAGAAAAAGUAAGGCAAAUGCAGCAUUUGUCUGCUUCAAAGCCUAAUUCGUACGUAUUACCUACCCCUAGUGAAGGGAAGGGUGGGACAGCUCCACGGAGUAAGCCGACUGGGCUUGGUGGAUCUGACCAUAAUUUGUCACAUUCCUCUCCAUUGGAACAAAGGAAGCAAGAUUCAAAACCAGUGCCAGAACUCAAAGAUGGCAAGUAUAAUGGGUUCUCCCAGCUACCUCCUCCUCUGCCUGAGGGAUUCAUGUCAGAUAUUGAAAAGUUCAAAAGGCAAGCUUUCUCUGGUCCAUUAACGAGCAAACCGGUCUCGAAGAAGCCUGUUCUGUCUGCAAGUGGUCCCAUCUCCUCUUCUGAAUUGCCUCAUCUUGUCUCUGGAAUGCUUUCACGUUCUGCUCAGCCCUCUUCAUCUCCGAAAGUAUCCCCCAGUGCUUCGCCUCCUCUCGUCUCUUCUCCGAGGAUAAAUGAGCUUCAUAAGCUCCCGAGACCUCCUGGUAAUAAACCAGCUAAAUCUUCUGGUGUGGCCGGUCAUUCUGCUCCACUAGUAUAUAGAAAUCAAGAGUUCUCUCCAACCAACAAAAUCCCUUCUACGGCAUCUCCUCUUCCCGCUCCCCCGUUGACUGUUCCGAGGAGCUUCUCCAUACCAUCGAGUAGUCAGAGAGCAAUGGCAUUUAAUGUUGGAAAGAUCUUGGAGCCUCCUCGGGUUUCAAGCACUGCAGAAAAAGUUUCUUCUCCUCCAUUGACGUCUAUCUCUCUCGCAAACAUGAAGCCUGUGACCUCGACAACUCACUCUGGUCCUAUUAGAGGUGGGGGCUGAUGUCGGGUUAAGUUACAUUCCUUUUUGUUCAUCGGGUCUGCCCGGCAGGAUUUGCUUCUGUCGGUAUUAUCGCUGGGUCCAGGUCCUGUAAAUAUGAUAAGCUAUCAUGUAGCCUCUUUUCUCUAAUUUUUUUUUGUCUCACAUCUUGCUUUCUUCUGAUUGUUGAUGAGAACUGAAAGAUGCGAAAAUUCUAUUGGAAUGGCUCUGUAUAUCUUCUUUUAUGUAAUUGGAAAUUUUGCUCCUCACCAUUCCCCCCUC